UCUCGUCGUGGUGGAAUAUUUUCAGCGCUACGGCCGGUUAGUGGUGUGACCCGGUUUGUUCAGCCGGGCUCACGUACAUAACGCGGAUAUCUGCAGGUGUUGUUUUCUCCACGCUCCAUCGCCGCUCCGUCGCCGUCUUUGCUGUUUUCUAGGGUCUUUUCUGCUUCGUGGAGAUGGCGGCUCUUAGCGUGGAGAAGACGGCCGCUGGCCGCGAAUUCAAGGUCAAGGACCUUUCCCAGGCCGACUUCGGUCGGAUGGAGAUUGACAUUGCUGAGGUCGAGAUGCCAGGUCUCAUGGCUUGCCGCGAGGAGUUCGGCCCUAAGCAGCCUCUCAAGGGAGUGAAGAUCACGGGAUCUCUCCACAUGACGGUCCAGACGGCCGUGUUGAUCGAGACCUUGACUGCCUUGGGCGCAGAGGUGAGAUGGUGCUCAUGCAACAUCUUCUCGACGCAGGAUCACGCAGCCGCUGCCAUCGCACGUGAUAGUGCUGCUGUGUUUGCCUGGAAGGGGGAGACGUUGGAAGAGUACUGGUGGUGCACGGAGCACGCCAUGGACUGGGGUAACGGCGCUGGCCCCGACAUGAUUGUCGACGAUGGCGGCGAUGUGACUUUGUUGGUUCACGAGGGAGUAAAGGCCGAGGAGCUGUACGAGAAGGACGGAACCCUCCCUGACCCUAGCUCUACGACCAAUGCAGAGUUCAAGAUUGUGCUUUCGACAAUCCGCGAUAGCAUCAAGAAGAAUCCGAAGAGAUUCCGUGCCAUUGCGAAGAACAUUGUCGGAGUGUCGGAGGAGACCACCACUGGUGUGAAGCGUCUUUAUUCUAUGGAGAAGUCGGCGGAGCUUCUCUUCCCUGCUAUCAACGUGAACGACUCUGUGACGAAGUGCAAGUUCGACAACUUGUACGGCUGCCGCCACUCUCUGCCCGACGGCCUGAUGAGGGCUACCGAUGUAAUGAUUGCCGGGAAAGUCGGUGUCGUCUGCGGGUAUGGUGAUGUGGGAAAGGGUUGUGCUGCGGCGUUGAAGAAUGCUGGUGCGCGUGUCAUCGUGACUGAGAUCGACCCUAUCUGUGCUCUGCAAGCGGUUAUGGAAGGGUUCCAGGUUCUGACCCUCGAAGAUUGCCUAGAGUACGGAGACAUUUUCGUGACGACCACCGGUAAUAAGGACGUUAUCAUGAUCAAUCAGAUGAUCAAGAUGAAGAACAACGCCAUUGUAUGCAAUAUCGGUCACUUUGACAAUGAAAUCGAUAUGGCGGGUCUGGAGAGUCAUCCUGGAGCGAAGAAGACGACCAUCAAGCCUCAGACGGACCGAUGGGUGUUUGCGGAGACGGGCAGAGGCAUUAUUCUGUUGGCGGAGGGACGGUUGAUGAACCUGGGGUGCGCCACAGGCCAUCCCAGCUUCGUGAUGUCGUGCUCUUUCACUAACCAAGUCAUUGCGCAGCUGGAGUUGUGGACGGAGAGAACGACGGGCAAGUAUGAGAAGAAGGUGUACGUUCUCCCUAAGCAUCUUGACGAGAAGGUCGCAGCUCUCCAUCUGCCGAAGCUUGGCGUGAAGUUGACGAAGCUCUCGGAGGAGCAGGCGGCGUAUAUCAACGUGCCGGUCGAUGGCCCGUUCAAGCCCGCGCACUAUCGUUAUUAAAUGCAGCAUAGCGAGUGGGAAGAGGGAGGGAUAGUUGUGGUGGGGGCAUAAGUAGAGCACCUUUUCGCUCUUGUGCAAUGCAGGAUCUCAAUACCUCGGUCUUUGUUUCGUCCUUGCAUUUGCUUUGUAGUGUAGUCUAGUCUAGGGAUAUGUUUAGUGCUCGUUUCUUUCCGUCGGCUUCGGCAAUUUGUAUCGAGGCGGUGAAUGAGUUUGGCAAGUCGGAGCCUGGGCGGGCUCGACCUUGCGUCUAUUUUCACGCAGUAUGGUAGCACAUGGUAUGAUGUAGAUUUCGAUGUGCUUUUAAGCGUUACUCGAGGAGUUUUUCACGUGCCGGCGGAAUUCUUUCGAUGUCCAACACUAGUGUGGGGGAAGUAAUGAACUAAACUACCCAGCACGACGGAGUCUUCGGGCUCUGUAUUGGACUCACUCGAGCUCGUGGCUUUCGAGCAACGAUUGUUCACACGGAGGCGAGUUUUGAUUCGAUUGAUUCGAUACGUCUCUCGGCAUGUUGCAUAUUCUUUUGCCGUAAUGUUCGAUAUCGUCCUUGCUUGGAAUCUAAUUUGAGAAAUGUUUUUUGAGUUGACGUUUCGAGAGCGGAGAUGAUGAGAUGGAAAAUGAUGUGAUUGUGUUUUCAUUGGUUAACGAUUGUUUCUUUGAGAAAGUGCUGUUUAUGAGAUCCUGGAGAAUUUGUUGCAUUCUCUCGCCGUAAUUUUGGAUAUCGUCCUUGGAAUCUAUAAUUUGAGAAAUGUUUUGGAGUUCAUGUUUCGAGAGCGGGGAUGAUGAGAUUGAAGAUGUGAUUGUGUUUUCAUUUGUUAACGGAGAUUGAAGAUGUGAUCGUGUUUUCAUUGGUUGACGAUUGUUUCUUUGAGAAAGUGCUUUUUAUGGAAUUUUGGAAAUUUGUAAACGGGUCACCUUUCUUGCUUGUAAGUGGAAAUUGUGAGACUUCGGCAAGUUGGGACUGGUGGACGUUGAUGUUUAUCGUUGAGCGGGAGUGGUAAUAUCCGUUAUUGCGUGA